AUGAUUCAACAAAUUCCUACACUUACAAAUUGGUUUCUUUGACUGGGUUAGAUGAUUCAAUAAAUUCCUACACUUAUAAAUUGAUUUCUUUGACUGGGUUAGAUGAUUUAACAAAUUCCUUUGCUUGA